GUAUCAAAUCCAAUUCUGCGCCGAGUCUCCGAACAUAACAAGACUGAAUGUGAGUGAGGUUCCUCUUGAAAAAAGAAAAAGAAAAAAAAAAGGAAAAGAACAUAUUUUAGUAAGAGCGCUCAAGGUCAGGACCAAGCGGCGAUGUGUUCAUUUUUUCAGUUGCUACACGGGAGAAAAAUGAACGAUUAGAGACUGUGUUAUACUAGCAAGUGCUCAGCCUUUUCGGUCAUCAAAGCCGAGUGCCGCGAGACCUAUCUAGUUGCUGUGAAUAACGCCGCGGACGACAAUGGAGUGCUUUUUAACGGUACAACGCAUUUCACCUACCAAAUAGGGGGGAGUCCGGGCUAAAAGAUGGACAUUUCCUGUGAUGCUAAUUGAUCGGUAUCAAUGGACACGUUUGUCCCGAAAAGAGACGUAAUAAAAUUAUAUGCUCUCUACUCGGGAUGCGCGUGGAACAGUUGGAGGGGGAUUUUGGAGUGGGCAAUCGUAACAGGUCCGAGCCGCACUUUUCCCCCUUCAGCGCAAGAAAAUGAUCAAGUCAAAUCUUGUGGACAUGCUUCAUUAUUCAGUGAACACAAUCUUCCACAACGCUUCGUUUAUGUGCAGGAGUCCCUUCAACGCGUUGCUUUAAAUUUAAAGCUUCUCUUGAAGAAGGACGACAAACCUGGGGGACCCCCUCCAGCCCGUCGCUCGGUCCCAGAGCUGCUGGGUCACGCCCUCACCUGCCACGCCGGCCUGAGCCAGGUAUGCUGGUAGCUUCUUAAGGAUGGAGGAGUCUAGUCUGUGCCUUGGCGUGUCCUCAGCGGUACCCGAAGCGGACGGCCGCCUGAGCGCCGCGGUGCUCAACGGGCGCUACCCGGUGAGCCAGAAGCUGCAGCAGCUCACCUCCCAGCUGGGCCAUGGCUUCGCCGACCUGCCCGGGCGGCAGCAGACCCCAGAGGAGAAGGCCGCCACCCCGCUGGACGAGAAGAGCCACCCGGUCCUGGCCAGCCCUCCGAUCAGCAGCCAGAUGGCGCUGCUGGCCAACCAGCUCAAUCGGGACGCCAUGGAGGCCGGCGUCGGCCUGGGCGUGAACGGGCGGGUGGAGCUGCAGCACUUCCUGAACGGGCAGAGCCUGGGCGUCAUGUCUCAGCUGUGCGACGCGGAGGAGGACACCCGCAAGAACCGGAAGUACCCGUGCCCGCUGUGCGGCAAGCGCUUCCGCUUCAACAGCAUCCUGUCGCUGCACAUGCGCACGCACACGGGCGAGAAGCCCUUCAAGUGCCCCUACUGCGACCACCGGGCGGCGCAGAAGGGCAACCUGAAGAUCCACCUGCGCACCCACAAGCUGGGCAACCUGGGCAAGGGGCGGGGCCGGGUGCGCGAGGAGAACCGGCUCCUGCACGAGCUGGAGGAGCGCGCCAUCCUGAGGGACAAGCAGAUGAGGAGCAGCCUGUCCCAGCCGCGGAUGGACGCGAGGCAGCCCUCCCAGCCCUUCCAGCAUCCCCAGAACCACCACCAACACCACCACCACCCCCACCACCUGCAGAACCACCCACCGCACCACCUGCCCGCGGUGCACGCCCAGGCCCAGCAGCAGCAGCAGCAGCAGCAGCCCACCUCCGCCUGCAGCCUCCUCACCCCGACCAGCCUGGGGAUCCCCGACAACCAGUCGCCCCUCCCUCGGCCCUCGCCGUCCCCGAAGCUGGCCAGCGCCCAGGACGAGCAGGCCGCCCCGCCCGCCCCGCCCGCGCCUCCCGCGCCCCCCGCCCCGGCUGCGGCGGCGGCGGGGUUCCGCUGCACCUUCUGCAAGGGCAAGUUCAAGAAGCGGGAGGAGCUGGAGCGCCACAUCCGCAUCCUGCACAAGCCCUACAAGUGCACGCUCUGCGAGUUCGCCACCGCCCAGGAGGAGGACCUCAUCGCCCACGUGGAGAAGGCCCACAUCACCGCCGAGUCGGCCCAGGGGCAGGGCCUGGCGGGGGGCGGGGCCGGCGGGGAGAAGCCCGCCAACGAGUUCCGCUGCGAGGUGUGCGGCCAGUCCUUCAGCCAGGCCUGGUUCCUCAAGGGCCACAUGCGCAAGCACAAGGACUCCUUCGAGCACAGCUGCCAGAUCUGCGGCCGCCGCUUCAAGGAGCCGUGGUUCCUGAAGAACCACAUGAAGGUCCACCUGAACAAGCUGAACGUGAAGACCAAGGCCCAAGGCGACCAGGAGGCGUCCAUGAAGAUGAACCACCUGGCGCAGGAGGCUCACGCCAACCUCUACUCCCGCUACAUCUCCUGCCUGCAGGGCGGGUUCCUCUCGCCCAACAAGGCGGCCCUGUCCGAACAGCACCCCCUCCUGGCUAAAGCAGGGAUUGCCAUGAAGGAGAAGGAGAUUCCAGGGAAACUGCUGUCUCCAAUUGUGGGCAUGGGUCAUGGUUCAGCGGACAGGGAGAAGCGCUCCCUGCUUGGCUGCCUAAACCUGGUCCCGCCCCUCAAGUCCAGCUGCAUGGAGCACCUGCAAGCUGCAGCUAAGGUGGCCGAGAUGGACCCUCUCAACAGCUACCAGGCCUGGCAAAUCAUGGCGCGGGGGAUGGCUAUGGACCGGUCCUUCAUGCCUAAGGAGCAGUACCACAUGCCUCGAAUCUCGGACGAGGACCCGAUGGCUGCCAGGAUGGCCUACGCGAAAGAGAAGCACGACUAUCCCGGGAUGGGGCCCGACGGUUCCCGGCAGAAGCUGCACGCGGACAUGGCGUCAAGGACCAGGGGGGCCAACACGCUGGCCUGCAAGGACAACGGCAGCUUCGACGGCGGCAGCCGAGACCUCCGCGGCUCCCACGGUGGUGGGACGGCCGGCCAGGCCCACGGCCUGGAGUACGGCCGGUCGGGUUCGAAGGAGAAGCACACCGAGUGCCCGGACUGCGGCAGGACCUUUAGGACUUACCACCAGAUGGUGGUCCACUCCCGGGUGCACAGCAAGGACCGGCAGCCGGCGGACGCCGGGAUCCACCAUCGCCUGGGCCUGGACGAGCGGCGCGGCUCCGCCAGCGACCCCGAAUCCCAGUCCAUCAGCCGCUCCACCACGCCGGGCUCCUCCAACGUGACGGAGGACAGCGGGCCCGGCGGAGGGCAGUCCCGGGCCGGGAGCACACAGGAGGACAGCCCUCACCCGUCUCCCCCUUCCUCAGAUGCCGGAGACGAGGUGGGGAAGCUCGGGGGGGUCCAGCCGCACAGGGACAGGGCCCAGGGGUUAGGCUCCAAGGACUGCCCCUACUGCGGAAAGGCCUUCCGAACCACCCACCACCUGAAGGUCCACCUGCGGAUACACACAGGUGAGAAGCCCUACAGGUGCCCGCACUGCGACUACGCGGGCACGCAGUCGGCCUCGCUGAAGUACCACCUGGAACGCCACCAUCGGGAGCGGCACAACAACGGGGGCCCCUCCUCCUCCUCCUCCUCCUCCUCGCACCCCCAGGAGGAGCACCCCGGCAGCAAGAGCGGGGCCUUCCUCCGGCCGGACGUCCUGCACGGGGUGAUUAAGGGCGUGUCCGGUGGUGUGGACCUGAGAGGGGCCCAGCUGCACCCUCACCACUGGGGCCCGCUGGGGGUGCUGUCCCCCCGGGACCGGGACCUGGAACUGGACAGGGAGCACCACGGCCACCCCGCCUCCGAAAACGCUUCGGAGGGCGUGAGGGUCCGCGAGGGGGCCCUGGACGGCGGCCCGGCCGGCUUCCCGGACCUGAGCCGGGUCUACCAGGGCAUGGCGGGCAACGGGGUCAACUUCCAGAGCUCCCUGCAGGCCUUCAUGGACGGCUUCACCCUCAACUCCAUGAAGAGGGACAAGGAGGCCAGGGAGAGGCGGCGGGAGUCCGGCGGCCGGUCGGGGGAGAACGGGGAGGAGGAGGCGGCGGCGACGGCGGCCGACGCCAAGCCUCCCAAAAGCAAGUCCCUGCGGUCGCAGUACGAGCCUCUGGAUCUGUCCUACAGGCCCGACUCCGGCCUCCUGCCGGGCUCCUCCGUCACCCUGCGGGACGACGUGGCCUGGCACGGCUGCCUCUUCUGCCCCUUCGCCACCCCCUCGGUGGAGGUCAUGGCCCUGCACCUGGACGCCAACCACCUGGGCCGGGGCAAACGCAAAGAGGGCGGCGUCCCGGACGAGAAAGGGUCCCUCUGGGACCACCCGUGGGAGGCGUCCUCCUCCGGCAAAGCCUCCUUGACCUCCGCCGUGCUUCGGCGUGGAGGCGCGGGGCCGUCCUUUCAGCCGAUUGCUCAAACGAAUGCGACGGUCCGGCGGGAGGCAGGCAAGGAGGCGGCAGAGGAGGCUGGGAGCCCGUCCUGGCCCGACCCCGCAGACGCUGCCAGUUCGGCAGAAUUUGAGGGUAACUUCCUGAAUCCGCCGGGCUUGCCUGAGGCUCCGGCGGGCGCGCCCGGCCCCCGGCGGUUUGGGAACGAGCGCCCGGAGUCCUCCGAGGUGCAGGCGUGGCCCUUCGACCCACCUGGCCGGGGGACGGCGGACGAGAGCGGAAGGGGAGCGGACCCCGCGGAGGCGCCCACUAAGGGAGACGUCAUGGAGGAGUCUGAGGAGGACCAGGCGGAGGAGGAGGAGGACGCCGAGGCGGCAGAGCCCGUCGGCAAGAGGCCAGAAUCUGACCGGGAGGAGGAAGAGGAGGAGGAGGAGGAGGAGGAGGAGGAGGAGAUGGAGACAGAGGAGGACGAAGACCGGGAUGGCGACAGGGACCGUGACAACGGCGGGAAGGAGACGCGGGCGCGGAGCAGUUCGGCCGAGGACUCCGAGCGGUCGUCCCCCGCCGCGUCCCGCCGUUCCCCCCCGCUCGCGGAGACGCGGUGGCAGGGGCCCGACCUCCACUCGCCCCCCGAGCGCCCGCUGAACUCGCUGUCCGUCCUGAGGGCCUACAGCGCGGAGAACCUCGCGGCGUUCAACGGGCUGGGAGACGGCGCGGGCAGCCCCGGAGCCGCCAAGAGGACCGACUCAGCCGGCCAGAAGCCGUUCCAGUGUCGGUACUGCCCGUACGGCGCGUCGCAGAAGGGGAACCUGAAGACCCACGUGCUGUGCGUCCACCGCAUGCCCUUCGACAACAGCCAGUACCCCGACCGCCGCUUCAAGCGUUCCCGCGGCGACUCGGACACCUCCGACGACGGCCACCCCGCCGCCGCCGCUCCUCCCGCCAUGGACUCCGCCCCCGUCCAAGAGUGACCGCCCCCCCCGCCCCCCGCCACCCGCACCCCUCCCCCUUAAUCCGGGAGUGAUGUCACAGAAGGGCCUGCAGCGACCGUGGCAACCGCUGCCCUGGCAACCAGAGUAACAGUAACAGAAAGUGAUGAUGUAUGGAGGAAGCUGUAGCCGCGGUAACAGUGUACAUUCCCAAAAUGCGUUUUUCAACACGAUUUACUACAGCGACACGAGACAGGUACAGACUGAUCAGCUGAGUGCCACGAUAGCUUCACACGCUGCUCACACAGUUCUGUUUCAGAAAAGUAGCAUGGUCAACACCGAGCAGAAAGGGGAAGAUCACAGGAGUUAUUAUUUUUUUGGUGUAUUUACAUGAAAAAAAAUUAUAUUGAAUUGAUAAUUACACAAAGAGGGGCGAAAAAGAAAAUACAAUCUCUGGAAUUAUUUUUUUCCCCAAGAAGUGAUGCUUUUGUUUGGAAGGAAAAUGACGCAUGCACCCUUUUGAACCCUAAUGGCAGCAUCUGGUUUGCUUUGCCUACCAUCCUGGCGUGCAGCUCGAGCUGAGCGGUCUGGUGACUGUGUGUGCGGGAAAACCCAGUUGGUUCUCACUAUCGGCACCACUGGGAAGACCAUAACUGGCCCACAAUGCAGUGGGCCAGUCCACAUGCUAACACUUAGCCUCUCGCUGUUUCUUGAAUUGGAAGUAGAACUGUGACUAAUUAAAUUGUGCAUUAAAAAAAAAACAAACGUUAAUCCACAGGUACAUGGAAUGCAGUCUCGUGGGUUUUUUCAGUAUUGACAAGGAAAGACAUUUCAAUCUUUUUUUUCCCCCCCAUAUGGCUGUCUAACCACAGUGUGGUCUGUCCUUGACACAGAAUAACACAUUUAAUCAGCUGAUCAGCUCUGAUAGUGUACUUCUAACUAUAUAAAUGACCUUUAGUCCCUGUUGGACUGUUGGAUAUUUAGUCCCUCAUUUUUUCUGUACAUUAAUGAAUUGGAUCGGAUUAAAUAAUGACUAUAACAUUUACGGAAAUAUGUUGCUGAAAGUAGGACUGAAAGUAUGGUGGGUUGUUUGAACAAAGGGCCAGUGUGUGUGUGUGUGUGUGUGUGUGUGUGUGUGUGUGACAGAGAUGUGACAGGUUACUAAACGUGGCAUGACCGUAUGAAAACUGUACAAAGAUGAAACGGCUUUCCCUGAAACUUCCCGAGUCUCCCGUCAGAGAUGGAAUGUUUCUGCUUCAAUGCAAGCGCUGGACUCCGGAUUCAAAGUGAAGGAAUUUCCUAAAAUGCUUCUGAAGACUCCCAGGACUGUAGGCCGAGCGUACAAUGGCUGAACAUAGUUUCUUGCUUCUCGUCUUUAACAUAAAUGUCAGCGUGACUUGUUUCUUUGUUUUUUUGUAAAGCAUAAAUUUGUUCUAUAUUUUUUAUCGAGUUAAAGCUUUUGUACAAUUCAGAUUUCCAAUGUUUUGUUGGUUUUUUUGUUUCUUUUUUGUACAGUACAUUUUAUGAGUAUGAUGAAGGCUGUCCACCUUUUCUCCAACCCCCAUUCCCCCUCCAUUGUUUUUGUUUUAAUACAUUAAUUUUAUUUUGAAAAGAUAAGUAACAUGCAAGGUUUGGACCCUACGUAAUCAUGCUGGUGAGGUUGAAAGUAUACCGGCUUUCACUUCACAGGCAAUAGAAAAGUAAGAAAGAAAAAUCCUUUUUUUUUUUUUUUUUUUUUCGCAUAGCUGAAAAAAAAAAAAAACAGCAUAAAAAUAAAUCUUCUGGACUUUAAGACGGUGUGAGUUCCCGUUCGGGCAGGGGGUGAGCAUUACAGUCCAGAGCCUUAAAAACUUUAGCUCUGCCUGGAGCAGUUUACAUAGACACUAAACUGCAGCUAACUGUACAUAUUUAACAUAACCCUGAGAACACAGAAAGAAUAUCUCAGGCUAAGAAGAAGAAGAAGAAUAAGAAGAAGAAGAAGAAAAAGA